CCCCUCCCCUCCUUCCCCCCGCCGCCUCCUCCUGCCGCUGCCGCUGCUUUGGCUGCUGCGUCAUACGCCCCAGAGCCGCCGGGACGGAGGGGCUGGGCCUGGGGACCCCCCGGUCUCUGCCUGCACGCCCCCCCGACGCCCAGCCGUGCCCUCCCCGCGCGGGGGUUUCACCUCAGUCUCCCACGUCUGCCUCUGCCCGGCUCCCGGCGGCCCCAGCUGUCACUGGCCCCCCCAGGAUGCAAUGGCACAGCCCCCCCGGCUGAGCCGCUCUGGUGCCCCCCCACUUUGGGACCCAGCUUCUCCUGCUCCCACCUCAGGCCCCCGGCCUCGACUUUGGGAGGGUCAAGAUGUGCUGGCCAGAUGGACAGAUGGGCUGCUAUACUUGGGGACCAUCAAAAAGGUGGACAGUGCUCGGGAGGUGUGUUUGGUUCAGUUUGAGGAUGAUUCCCAGUUUCUGGUUCUGUGGAAAGACAUUAGCCCUGCGGCCCUCCCUGGGGAGGAACUCCUCUGCUGUGUAUGUCGCUCUGAGACUGUGGUCCCUGGGAACCGGCUGGUCAGCUGUGAGAAGUGUCGCCAUGCUUAUCACCAGGACUGCCACGUUCCAAGGGCCCCAGCCCCUGGAGAGGGAGAGGGCGCAUCCUGGGUCUGCCGCCAGUGCGUCUUUGCCAUCGCCACCAAGAGGGGGGGUGCGCUGAAGAAGGGCCCCUACGCCCGGGCCAUGCUGGGCAUGAAGCUCUCCCUGCCGUAUGGACUGAAGGGGUUGGACUGGGACGCUGGGCAUCUGAGCAACCGCCAGCAGAGCUACUGUUACUGUGGUGGCCCUGGGGAGUGGAACCUGAAGAUGCUGCAGUGCCGGAGCUGCCUGCAGUGGUUCCACGAGGCCUGCACCCAGUGUCUGAGCAAGCCCCUCCUGUACGGGGACAGGUUCUAUGAGUUUGAGUGCUGUGUGUGUCGGGGGGGCCCUGAGAAGGUCCGGAGGCUACAGCUUCGCUGGGUCGACGUGGCGCAUCUUGUCCUCUACCAUCUCAGUGUUUGCUGUAAGAAAAAGUACUUUGAUUUUGACCGUGAGAUCCUCCCCUUCACCUCUGAGAAUUGGGACAGUUUGCUCCUUGGAGAGCUCUCAGAAACCCCCAAGGGAGAACGGUCUUCAAAGCUCCUCUCCGCUCUCAACAGCCACAAGGACCGUUUCAUUUCAGGGAGGGAGAUUAAGAAGAGGAAAUGCUUGUUUGGUCUCCAUGCUCGGAUCCCUCCCCCUGUGGAGCCCCCUCCUGGAGACGGAGCCCCCACCAGGUCACUGGUCCAGGGGGGAUGGGGAAGUUCUCAGGGUGUAUGUAUGGAAACAGGGAGGUCUUUGGGGUGUCCGGGAGGGGGCUGGGGGGAUAAGGAGGCCUCUUACAGCUUCCCUUCAGGGCAGGGCCCUGGGGGAGGGGUCUCACGUCCCCUGGGGAAGCGCCGGAGGCCGGAGCCAGAGCCCCUGAGGAGGAGGCAGAAGGGGAAAAUGGAGGAGCUGGGGCCACCCUCAGCAGUGCGCAACCAGCCCGAGCCCCAGGAGCAGAGGGAGCGGGCUCGUCUGCAAAGGGCACUGCAGGCCUCAGUGUCUCCACCACCCUCCAGCCCUAACCAGAGUUACCAGGGCAGCAGCGGCUACAACUUCAGGCCCACAGAUGCCCGCUGCCUGCCCAGCAGUCCCAUCCGGAUGUUCGCUUCCUUCCACCCCUCUGCCAGCACCGCAGGGGCCUCUGGGGAUGGUGAGCCCCCAGACAGGUCACCCCUGGAACUUCACAUUGGUUUCCCCACAGACCUCCCUAAAAGUGCCCCCCACUCGAUGACUGCCUCAUCUUCCUCAGUCCCAGCCCCCUCCCCAGGUGUUCCCAGACGCUCAGCACCCCCUUCUCCCCUGUGCCGUAGUUUGUCUCCUGGGGCUGGGGGUGGAGUCCGAGGUGGGGUCGGCUACCUGUCCCGUGGGGAUCCCGUCCGGGUCCUUGCUCGGAGAGUGCGGCCUGAUGGCUCUGUGCAGUACCUGGUUGAGUGGGGAGGUGGGGGCAUCUUCUGAACAGCCUGCCUCUGCCCAACUGCCCAUUGACACACACCGGCACUUUCAUACCCUGACCUCUGACCUCACCUACAGCUGGGAUGUACCUGGGGCACUAGGGGGGUAUGUCCUCCUACUGUCCAGGCUGGAAUCCAGGUUGGGGGUUGGGGAAGAGGCUCGCUCUCCUCUACUCCCUUCACGGUUCCUGACCCUUCCCCCCAACCAUUCCCUCAUUUCCUUUGAUGUUAUUUUGUUACAGCUUUUUAAAUAUUUUUAAAAAUUAUUUAACCCCUGGGGACGGAGACUGAGGAGGGGAGGAGAACAGAUCCUGGGCUCUGUAUCAUUGAAAUAAAGAUAAAUAAACAAACUUA